AUGCCACUACACCAAACUUUCAUCUACACUGGGAAGCUACAACCAGACGAAACUAAACAUACAACAUUUCCAACAACAAGAACAAUAUCGCGGAAUAGUCGAAUUUCUUUCUCUUCAUCAACUAUAACCACAAAUUUAAUUAUUUCAAUUCUACUGCUAGCAUUUAUCACCUCUCUCAUACAAUCUCUAUAUUAUCAGAUAGUGUAUUCAUCCAACAAUGACAACAAACUUUAUAGUCACACAUUCUUUGUGAAUGCUGCCACUACAUGCUAUGGUGUUGACAGCACGGAUCCUAGUGUUUGCUCGGGUAAUGGAAAUUGUACCAGUAAGAAUAAUUGUGAGUGCAAUGAUGGAUUUAGUGGAAACAAAUGUCAAACAGAGACGGUGAAAUGUUAUGGUGUAGUAGAUACUGAUCCUACAGUAUGUUCAGGUCAUGGAAAUUGCUCUAGUAAGAAUAAUUGUCUGUGUGAUUCAGGGUACAGUGGUAACAAGUGUCAAACCUUUGAUGGUACUAGUUCGAUAUCGUGUUAUGGAAUCGAUUCGACAGAUAGUUCAGUUUGUAAUUACAAUGGUAAUUGCACAGCAACGAAUAAUUGCGUUUGUAAUCAAGGAUAUAGUGGAAAUCAGUGCCAAACAUUGGAUAGCUCUUUUAAAUGUUAUGGAGUUGACUCUACUGACGUUUCUGUUUGUAAUGGAAAUGGAAAUUGUACAUCAACUAAUAAUUGUGUCUGCAAAUCUGGUUACACUGGGAAUCAAUGUCAAAAUGAAGAUAGUUCAUUUAAAUGCUACGGGGUUGACUCGACAGAUAUCUCUGUUUGUAGCGGAAAUGGAAAUUGUACAAGCUCAAACAAUUGCGAAUGCAAAUCUGGUUAUACUGGUAAUCAAUGUCAAUCAAUUGAUAGCUCUUUCAAGUGUUAUGGUGUUGAUUCGAUAGAUAUCUCUGUUUGCAAUGGAAAUGGUAAUUGCACUAGUUCAAAUAAUUGUGUUUGUAAAUCUGGUUACAGUGGAAAUCAAUGUCAAACCUAUGAUGGCGGUAAUAGUGGUUCAUUUAAAUGCUAUGGAGUUGAUUCUAGUGAUAUCUCUGUUUGUAGUGGAAACGGUAACUGUACUUCUGCUAAUAAUUGUGAAUGUAAGGCAGGUUAUAGCGGCAAUCAAUGCCAAACCUUCUCUACCUCUUUUAAGUGUUAUGGUGUUGAUUCGACAGAUAGUUCAGUUUGUAAUGGAAAUGGCAAUUGCACCUCCUCUAAUAAUUGCGAAUGUAAAUCUGGAUACACAGGAAACCAAUGUCAAUCAAUUGAUAGCUCGUUCAAGUGUUAUGGUGUUGAUUCGAUGGAUGUCUCUGUUUGCAAUGGAAAUGGUAAUUGCACUAGUUCAAACAACUGUGUUUGUAAAUCUGGUUACAGUGGGAAUCAAUGUCAAAACAAUGAUGGCAGUAGCACCAUUAAAUGUUAUGGUAUUGAUUCGACUGACCCAUCAGUUUGCUCAGGUCAUGGUAUCUGUUCCUCAACCAACGACUGCCAAUGUGAAAAUGGUUACAGUGGAAAUAAGUGUCAAACCUUUGCAAACGAAACAUCUACUUUCAAAUGUUAUGGUGUAGAUUCUUCGGAUCCUACUGUUUGCUCUGGUAAUGGAAACUGUACAUCCACCAACAAUUGCCAAUGCCAAUCAGGAUUCAGUGGAAAUAAGUGUCAAACUACAGUUAAUUAUUGCUUUGGUUAUGAUGAAAAUGAUAACAAUGUUUGUGGUGGUCCAGAUCGAGGAAAAUGUACAUCUAACGAUGUUUGUGAAUGUAAGGGAAGCUACGUUGGUUACGAUUGUGGUGCUUUUGUUUCAGACAAAUCACUCAUCAAAAUAACCUCAAAAUAUUCAAAGAUUCUAAGCACCAAUACUGACAUUAAUUUCAUAACAAUUAGUAUUCCAAAGCUCACUAACAGCUACAAGGGAAUUGAGAAUAGACUCAAGAGUACUUUGGUGAUUUUCAGCAGUAAUGUUACUAUUGAUUAUUCCACUACUGGAAUGAUUGAACAGUUUCAAUUGUAUAAGAACAUGACACUUGGCGUCUACUCUCUCAAUUUAACCAUUGUUGAUACUACUUAUAACAUUCAAGUUGCUGCUACUGUUGAGAGCUCAAUAUUUUCUAUACUGACUCUUGAACAAACUACUCAAAGUGUGGAUACCUUGACAGCAAAAGAAAUUGCACAAGUUACAAAGCAAUUGAACCAAAUUACAAACCAACAACAAUUUAUUUCUACUGUGGUUUCUACUUUGAAAGAGAAUGUUAAUAAUUACACAAUUGAUGAUGGUUUAGAUUUGACUUCGUCACUAUUAGAUAUUUCCAAUGUCAAGUUGGAUACUAAAUCUAAACUGGGAAUAUCUGAAACCCUAAAAUCAUAUGCUCAAAAUAUGAUCGAAAAGUUUGACAAUUUCACAACAGAACAAGUCAAACCAGUUGCAAUUAACAUCGUUUCUGUUGCCUCAAAUAUUUUAAAUCAAUCUAUAUUUACUGAACCAUCAUCUAAAUUUGUGGUUAUCGGUAAUUCUAUUCAAUCCGUUGAAAAGACACUUUCCCUUGUUACGAUUGUUAAUCCAACAGAAAAUUUAUCAAUUGAAACUUCGAUGAUUAAGGUUCUUCUCAUUUCAAAAUCAGAAUACAAGAAUUUACAUACUAUAGAUAAGGAUUAUACUCUUAAUCUUCCAGAAUUGGGGUUUGAAUAUUCGUUUGGUUUGGUAAAAUAUGAAAAUUACUUGACAGAAGAUUUGCAAAACACAAGUUCAAUUUCUGACAUUUUGCAAGUGAGACCAAUGUUGAAUGGUGUUUUUAGCCCUCUCAGACAUUUAUCCACUCCAUUCAAUUUGACUUUCUCUAUCAAACAUUUCGGUGCGCCACCAAGUAAUGAAACAGUUGCAACUGUGGUUUGCAAAUAUUGGAACGAAACAACUAAUGAAUGGUUGAGUGAUGGAUGUAGCACCACAAUCCUUUCGGCUGAUCAAGUCUUGUGCUCAUGCUAUCACACAACAAAGUUUUCCUCCUUUGUGGAUUAUUCUAAAGUGAAUUUCAGUACCAGAACUAUUCAGACAUCACUAGCCGUUGCCAACAUCAUUUUCAGUUCCUUAUUUAUUGCUGCAAUUCUAGUUAUCCUUGUGUUGUUGGUAAUUUUCAGAAAAUCCCAACCUGUAAAAUCAAGAUUUAUUACUCCCUACUUUGCAUUAACUGCCCUAUUGAUUGAUAAUUUGGUUUCUGGUAUUAUUGCCAAAGGACUUUUACUUGGAAAUUACUCAUUCAAUGUAGUUAUCAUGACAAGUGUCUGUGCAGUAAUUUCAAGUGCACUAUUGGCAAGUGCAGUCUGGUGCUAUUUUGUCAUGUCCAUUCGUUUCAUCAUCCACAGAUACUUUUACGAAUACAUGAUGAGAGUGGUUGAGAACAGACAACAAAAGAAUGCCGUUUUGGUUAAGAUUUUGAACAUUUUCAAACAGGAUAAGCUUCUCAUCUUGUCUAGUUUGAUGAUUGGUUUUGGUUUUGUCUUGUACUUUACCAUUUUUAUCAUUUUGAAGGGAGUGGAUGCUUUCUCUGAUUCUCAAUUCACUUACUCAACAACCAUUUCAUUGUUUAUUAUUUUACUUUUCAUGACGGCGAUGGUAAUUGCUAUUUACAUUUUAGACUUUUAUUUGGACUUUACAAACAAACAAUUAAGAGAUGAAUUAGUUGACAUAUCUGAUGAAAUAAUGUUAUUAGAAAGUGGAGAUUCAAGCUUGAACAAUCUCAAUUCUAGAAAAUCCCUUAAAAUUACAAAACCUUUCGUUGAUUUGUUGGAACAAUCCCAUAUUAAGAAGUUUUUCAAUUUAUUCUACUCAAAUGACAAGUUAAUGUUCAGACCUGAGGCCAUUUUCUUCAUGUUAGGUAUUUCAUUCUUUACCAUUUCUUACUGCUUGGGAUUUGCCAGUGUCCAUGACCGUUACGUAUCAAAUCCAACUUCUACACAAAUUCAAACAGUCGACAUUCUCGAUGCAGUUGCAUUCCUUUUUGAAGUCUUGAUGACCGUUUGUUUGAUUACUAGCUUUGGAGGUUUCUCUGUUGGUUGGGCCAUUUUCACUGAAACCAGAAAGAGAAGUUGCUUCAAGGAAUCCAGACAAGCUUCUGUCAAUGCUGAGAGAAUCAAAUCUCAAAGACUUGAAAGCUACGAGGAUCUUACCAACAGGUUUGAUGUUUACAAGCUCAUGAAGAACAAGUACUUGUUAAGACUCUUCCAACAAUAUGCCAAGUUGGAAAUGUCACUAGAAAAUUAUAUUGUUUGGAUGCGAAUUGAACAUGCCAGAUCUAAAUUUGCCAAAUUGUGGGUUGAUAUGGAUGGAGAAGCAGCAUCUAUCGAGGAAUGGAAUUCACUCUUGGAGGAAUUACUUGGAUGGCUAAAGGAUCACUUGGAUCCAGAUGCAGAACUCGCUCUCAAUGUCAGCCACCACUCUGUUAAACAAUUCAUUGCUGCUGUGCAUAUGCUAGAAAGCAAAAUUGACACCAUUUCAACUAAGAACAGAGAUUCCCUAUUCAAUUUGAAAGAAAUGGUUAGACAAGCCAUUGAUUCAUUAAUCAUCGAUGUUCUCUACAAUUUAACAGACACCUAUUCAAGAUUUAUCAUCACGGAUGAAUACAAAGCUCUCAAAGAAGUAGAAUCUGUUACCGAAAUGAAUACUUUCAAAUAA